CUAUCGUUGUGGUCUCGGAUUUGAAGGGCGACCGACCAUUAACUUGGUCGCACUUGUCGCUCCGUCUUCUCAACAGAGACACGCCCCGUCGUGGUGCAAUCGGGCCUGGGGAAUAAUUCUUGAGAAAAGACGCGAGCUUUCCCAACGCUCCUCUUAAGUCUGGCUUUCGGGGUCUAUUUUUAAAAAACGUCACAUCCAUUUAUAGCUCAGGCAACUAUAUUCGCAAGCCUUUAAUCCCGCUCAUCGGAUUCUCUGAGCCCGACGUUCAUUUUCUUUCUGCCGCCUACGUGUCUGCCCUCCAGGCGUCGGGGGCUUUUAUUCUUCUCAGGGCGGUUCUGGGGCAGAGAUCGGAUCCGAGGAGCCGUCGAGUCGCCUCCCAGGGCGCCUUGGCGAGGGAAGAGCAUCGGAAAAAGAGGACGGCGCCCAUUUUUCCCGCCGUCGGGGAAAAGUUGUCCCCGUGGAUGUUUUGCGAGCAUCGGCGUAAGCAAUUCAAGGGCCGGCCGUCCUGCAGUUGAUUCCUUCCCUUCCUACGUAGCUCCUCCGGGCGGCCGCCCGCCCGCCCGCUCGCUCUCAGCAUGGUGGAUUUGUUCGGCGGGCGGAUCCUCGUGAACCUAGAGGGCGGCUUCGUGGACCCCGAGCAAGCUUUGGAGAACAAAAUCGUGGGCUUGUACUUUUCGGCCGCCUGGUGCUCCCUCUGCAGGGACUUCACCCCCACGCUGUGCGAUUUCUACAGCGAAUUGGUGGAUGUCGGCACUCAUCCGGCCCCUUUCCAGAUCGUCUUCAUCUCGUCCGACCGCAGCCGGGAAGAAAUGGCGAGCUUUAUGUACAAGAUGCACCCGGGCUGGCUGGCCUUGCCCUUCCACGACCCCCUUAAGCAUGAAUUGAAGAAGAAAUACAACAUAACAGCCAUUCCCAAACUUGUGAUUGUUAAACAAACUGGAGAAGUAAUUACCGAUAAAGGGAGAAAGCAGAUUCGUGAGAGAGGGCUCAACUGCUUUCAAAACUGGCUUGAGGGGGCUGAUGUCUUUCAGAAUUUUUGUACCUGAACCAAAAUAGUAUUUUCAGACUUAAACAAAACAAUAUCUUUGCUAUCUGCAACUAGACUUAGAGGGGAAAUUACGUUCUCCUUUUUUAAUGUUGACUUGCUUAAUUUUGAAUCCUACAUAGCUGGAAUAAUUAGACAUAUCUGAGUCCUUCAUAGUUCUCCCUUCUAUAUUGUUUCUAUUUAUAUUUUUAUUACAUAGAUGAGACAAAAGUAGUCUUAAUAUUAUUGAAUUGAUAAAUUUGAUUGAUAAUUGGUUAUCAAAUUGAUAAUUUGAUAAAAUUGCUAAUUAAUUUAAUAUGUCUACAUUUAGCUCUUUAAAAGAGUGCUAUCUUAAAUCUAUGCAAGCACAUUAUCUUUGCAAAGAUAAAAACUUUAUAAAGAAAAUAUAAUUCUUGAAAAUGCAGUCUUUUUGCAUGUGGAUUUAAAAUGUAUAUACUAGUAUAAUAAUAAAAUUAGUUUUAAUAAAUUUAUAAUUUAUCUGUCUUUGCUUUUUGAGCAACAAACAAUUGAAAAGUUCUUUGUCUAAUGCUGUUACUUGCUAAAACUUAACGUUUGGGGUACAACUACUCUGGAUCAUAAAAUCAGCUGCAUUGUUCUAUUUGCAAGAUUUUCAUUCCUUUUACCAGCUGGGAUUGAAGACUCUUCACCAAACUGUUUAUAUCAGCAUUUAUCAACAUUGGCCACUUGAAGAUGUAUGGACAUCAGCUUCCAGAAUUCCUCAGCCUGCAUGAGAAACACUGUUCUAUAUUUAUUGGGUUAGUUUAUCUCGUCAAGGCUGAGUGAUCAUUGACUAGAUUGAGGAAGGCUGCACUGAUGUUUGUAUUAUUGAUGAAAUUCAGGUAAGUGAUAGCUGAUUAAUGUGGAAAAGUUAAUAGGGCUGGAUUUACUUGCUUUCACUUGUAGUUGGGAUGGUCUGGGGCAAUGAGAAUAGGUUACAAGGUAAGGGUAUCACGGCAAAGUGAAAAUUUAACUAUUUUUUUUUCACCUGUAGAAGUUAAGGCUUAUAGUGAAAAAAAAAAUAGCCAGAAGCAUAUAGAAGUUUUUUUCCAGUAUAUUUAAGUAGGGCAGGAAUGGGAAAUCUUUGAAACAUUCAGAGCAAUGUGUACUUGGUUAUUCAUGCAACCCCAGUUCAUAUACUGUUCAUAUCCCAUUUAUACGAUUGCUUUGCAUGCUACACCUAGAAAGCUCACCAUUCAGACUAGAGACAUGCAGGUUCAAUUGGCUUGGAAAAACAGCAAGCAAUUAACCUUCACAAACUAAGCUGUGUAACUUGCAUAAAAAUGGUUAUAUAACAGCUCCCUCACUCACAGCAAUUUUGGGAGGUUACAUUGAUAUUAAUACUUCUCUUGUAAAAUUCAUAUCUCAUGAUGUUGCUGAUUAAAGGCAUUCAGGAUGACUGAAUAAAUUCCUUAAAUAAAUAAAAUUUAGAAAGGCAUGGCUAAGGGGUUGUUAAGUUUGUUGAAAUGCUAUAGACCUGAAGUAAAACUAAUGUUUAAGCAUUCUCUAAAAGCAGUAAAAGUAUGCAACUACUGAAGAAGGAUCUUGUGAAAUGGUAUCAGCACCUAGGUAAGGGUUGCUUUGGCUCACACAAAAAAACUUGCCCUACUAGAGUGAAAUAUUUGCAUUUUUUUUCUUUUGACAACCUUUAUAUUACCAGCCAGGGGUGAAAUCCAAAGACAAUGGCUACAGCAGUCAGAAAAUACAUGAACUCAGCUGAGUUCAGCUAAAGUUAGCUGAGUUUAGCUCAGCCAAAAAAGAGUUUUUGAAAAGUUUAAGUUAAAAGCUGUGAAAUUUUGGAAAAAAACAGCAUUAUUUAAAAAAAUUGUAAAAAGGGCUCCUUUUGUUUCUUCAUGGAACCUGAAGUACUCUAUGGCUUUAUAUAUGUGCGUGAAUAUACACAUAAAUACACUCAGACAAACACCCAUUUUUAGGUGUUUAUUUUACUUGAAGGACAAUAACUAACCAGCUUUGGUUGUUAAAAAUGGUUAAUUUAGAAAGAUGUUUGAACAAAGAGUUAAAUCUGACGUUUUUCCUCGUUUCCCCUCGCAGGUCCUCGGCUUGUCAAGCUAAAGACAAAUAUAUCACUGACUGAGGGAAAAAUUUAUUACAGUCAUCUUUCUCCUUGUUUUACUAUGUAAGAUAUAAAACAAAUGACUUGGAUAUAAAA